UCCUGCGCCAUUUUUCUCACAGUUCUCCUCUUUGGGGUUGUGACUCUGCACUUUCCAUUGCUCAAAGAGUCUCACAAUUUAAUCCAAUUUUCCCAAAUUACAAAGACCCAAUGGAGAACUACUCAUAUUCUUCGUACCCAGACUCCGUAAAUUCAUCGCCGCGAUCUCGAGAGGUCGACUGUGAGAACGCUUCAUGGGACGAGCCGCCUUCAUCGAACUAUAAGGUGAAGUUCAUGUGCAGCUAUGGAGGAAAAAUCCACCCCCGCCCACACGACAACCAGCUCAGCUACGUCGGAGGUGACACCAAAAUUCUGUCGGUCGACAGAAACAUUCGAUUCUCGAGCUUUAUGUCCAAGCUUUCGACUCUGUACGAAACUGAUGUUUGCUUCAAGUAUCAGCUUCCCGGGGAGGACCUUGACGCUUUGAUUUCGGUGACGAAUGAUGAGGACUUGGAGCUCAUGAUGCUCGAGUAUGAUCGGCUUCAGCGAGCCAGCAAUAAGCCGGCUAGGCUCCGGUUGUUUCUGUUUCCCUUCAGCUCUCCGGCGGAUCCUGGGUUUGGGUCCACUGAUUCCAAGCGGCAGUGGUUUGUUGAUGUUUUGAAUUCUGUGCAGAUGCAGAAUCUGGAAUCUAACUCGCAACCGGUUCAGCCUGUGGAAAGUUCGGUCGGCGCGGCUGAUUUCUUGUUUGGCUUAGAUAAAGGGCAACAGCAACAGCAAGCCGUUGGGAAGAUUAAGGAGCCGGCUCUGGCGGCUCAGCUGCCUCAGCCGCAGAUUGUCCCGGAAGUUUACGGGAAAGAAUUUCGUUCUGGCUCGGAGCCGGUGGUGACGCCGGCGGAUAUUCACCGACAGAUUCAGGAACUCCAGAGGUUGCAGAUAUCAAGCCAGGAGCAAGCUAUGUAUAAUAGGAAGAGUACUGAUGAACAAAGCUUGAACCCCCCCAGGGUUUAUCCGGCCGGAGAAUACUAUCAGCCAAAAGCGCCUAUCCCGGCGGUGGCGAACCAGGCGGCGUCUCUCUGGCCGGAGCGCCACAUCACUUCCGGCUCCUACCCGACAAACGUGGCGCCGGUGGCGGCAAGCGAGCCGCCAGUUUACCUGGUCCAGACGCCGGCGGGAGUUUACCAAGCUCAGACGGUUCGACCGGUAACCGGUCAGGUCAGUCAGCCAUACUACGGAAUGCAGCGAGUGGUUCCCGAGUUUUACCGGGAGCAGGCGGUGUACGGUACGGUCCCACCGCCGUCGUCAUUUCAACAAGGUGGGGGGCCCCACAAGCCCGAAGUGCCCAUUGCCAUGGUGCGCACGGCACCUCCUCCUCCUCCACCCGACCACGUAUAUGCUCACGUCAGCUACGACAACGUAGGGCGGCAGGUUUACUACACAGCUCCCGCCGGACUGAAUGUACUUCCGCAGCCGCUACAGCAUCCAGCUGCGGCGGCGAACGCCGCCGCGACGGAGUUGGACGUACGACAGAGCGGCGGCGCGUUAUUCCCAGAGGGUAAAAUUGUGACCAAUAAGCCUUAGAGCAGGCGCCAGAUUUUUCACCUAUCAAGAUUCAAGAUUGAAGUUCAAGAAUUAUAUAAAAUUGCAUAAUAUAACGCUGCUAUAGUGCUAUUGUACUGGUGUGAAGUUGCGUUUGUACACAAAAAGUAUGUGGCGGAUUGGUGGCAUUUUUAUUUUUUUUUCCCGGUUAGUUUAUGUAACCUUCCACGAAAUGUGUUAUCAGUCUUAUCAUGAUGUUUAACUUUGCUUUAAAAACAUGCCCAGAGGUUUUCCAAUUAGAA